AUGGCGGACCGGUCUGCGCGGCGCACGGAGCAACACUGCGCCGCCACUGCCAUACCGAGUUUACUUUCUGUGUGUGAUCGUAGACAGGAUAUAAACAACAACAAAGGUUUAAACAUUAAGGUCAAGGUUGUCACGCCAUCUAUUGGGGGCGGCAAAAUAGAGCGUUCGGGGUGCCCUGGGAUCUGUGGCCCGCAGGCCGCGACCACAUCAACCCUGUCUUUCUCAAGCUUCCGAAACUCCUUCACCACCAAUGUCAAUUACCUGAAACGAAGUUCAGUGGAGGCGUUGCGCAGAUUCAGCUCGGGGGACCUGCAAUCCGAGUGCGAUGAAGGCGAGGUGGACCCCUACACCGGCCGGCCGGCCACUACCAGCCAGCCGAAACCGCAGAGUCAAAGGCCGACCUCCCAGGCCACCGGGGGCAGCAUUGGUAGCGCGUCAGGACCUCCUCCGGCGCCGUCCGCAACCGCGGCAGCUGCGGCGAGUAGUGGAGGGGAUCUCUCGCUUAACCUGCGGGGAGGAUCGCGCGGUACAUCCGCACCUUCCUCCCCGGCCAAGUCCCGGGAGUCUCUUCUCCAACGAGUACAAUCUCUCACUGGCGCCGCAAGAGAUCAAGGCGCCAAUUUACUAGGGAGUGUAACAUCUGUGGCGUCUGUCGGCCGUGGCUACAACCGGGACCGAUGUGUUACGCUGCUUGUGGUGGAUGACCAAAACACCGACUGGUCUAAGUACUUCAGGGGUCGCCGUCUACCUGGCGAGUGGGACAUCCGCGUCGAACAAGCUGAAUUUAGGGAAUUGACUGUGACGGCCAAUUCUGAUGGAGCCAACGUAUCUAUGGCGGUAUAUCGCAGCGGAACCAAAGUGACUCGAUGUUUCAAGCCUGACUUCGUGUUGGUGAGGCAGAAUGUUCGAGAUGCUGGGGCUGAUCACCGAGCCUUGCUACUCGGUCUAAAGUUUGGCGGCGUACCAUCCAUCAACAGCCUUAAUUCAAUCUACCACUUCCAGGACCGUCCAUGGGUGUUCGGUCAUCUCCUCCAACUACAGCGGCGUCUUGGCAGAGAGAACUUCCCUCUCAUUGAGCAGACCUACUACCAUAACCACACCGAUAUGGUCACGGCGCCCAAGUUCCCGGUGGUGAUCAAGAUAGGGCACGCGCACAGCGGCGUCGCCAAAGUGAAAGUGGACACGGUGGCUGACUUCCAGGACAUCGCCGGAGUCGUGGCCAUGCUCGGCACCUACUGCACCGUGGAGCCCUACAUCGACGCGAAGUACGAUAUCCAUAUACAAAAAAUCGGCACCAACUACAAAGCUUUCAUGCGCAAAUCUAUAUCGGGAAAUUGGAAAACUAAUCAGGGAUCCGCGAUGCUCGAAGCUAUCGGCAUGAACGACAGAUAUAAGAUGUGGAUCGACGAGGUGAGCGAGAUUUUCGGCGGUUUGGAAGUGUGUGCUUUGGAGUUGGUUGUGGGAAAAGACGGUCGUGAGCACAUCAUCGAGCUCAAUGAUUCUGCCACUUCCUUCAUGGGCGACUCGCAGGAAGAAGAUCGCCGCCAUCUUGCCGACCUAGUGUUGCAACGCAUGCAGGCUGUAUGUCGCCCCGGUAUAACGAAGACAACAUCGCGGAGCUCUGUGUCGGGCAGCUCUGCAGCAGGUUCCCCGACAGAGGAGCGAGCCCCACCUGUCGGGGCUCCUGGGCCCCCAAGCGUGCCACCACCAGCGCCCCUAGCAUCUGCCGCCAGCAUUGACCGCCCACUUCCACCAAUACCCGCGGAACCGUCACAGCCGCCACCACCACCUCUCACUCGGCGCGAUUCACAGGGUAAAAAAUCGUCCCAAGCUUCGACCGUGUCUGCUGCAUCGGCUGCGCCUAGCACAACUAGCAGCACAGCUCCCACUGCAGCCCCUCCUAGCGCGGGCUCCACCCCUGCUCGCGGAGGAUUUGCCCGACAGGGCUCUCUCAGUGCAGCGCUCACGGAAGACGCUGAAGAUACUAUGAAAAAUCUGCGCAAAACAUUUGCCGGAAUAUUUGGGGAUAUGUAGGGUGACCAACCAAAUCGGACAAUAGACGAUGUACUGAAAACUUAAAACAACGUUUACUGAACAAAAUCCUGAACAUUCUGAUCGAUACAAUCAAGUGGUGCAUUCUUAUUAAUAUUCACUACACGUCUGUUGCCCGCAGCAGUAACGCUAGGGAAUAACAAUGACAUACGAACUAAUUACCCGGUCCACAACUAACUAUGGACUUGUAUUGUGAAGGUGUAACCCAAAUUGAGAAAUGUGUUUAUGCCAAUUUUAAUUAUAUUGAAAAUGCCAGUUAACUGCAUCUAUUCGAAAGGCUUUUCUUUCAAAUAGUGUUGAAUUCAUCCUUAUAUGAAGCAGAAUAUUAAGCAUAGAUUAAUGUAUGAUAACGAUAGAUUUUUACAAUAAGUUUAUUAUAAAUAUGAAAAUACGAAUCAACUGAGCUGCAUUGUGAUCGAACCCGUUCGGUAUUCGCGAGGCGCGUUGCCUCGCGUCUUGUAGUGUUUCUCUCUGUCUCCGACUCCUUUCUACACUCGCUGCACCUUCGUACGAGACCAGUACAGUAUGGACAUUUUAUAAACACUAUUCUCUAUUACUACAUAGUUGUUAUGGAAGACAAAUAAUUCAAAGCAAUAUUAGGAUGGAGCGUAUAGACGACUUGUAACGGUUCUUGAAAUCGAGAGUUUCGACCAUAACUAUCGAUACCAUAAAUCGAUGAAGAUA